AUGACUGCUACCCCGCAUCAGAAUACCAUCAGAGCAGACCAGGAAGCUUACCUUCAGGAGCACCCGGAGGUAGCGUCCCUUCUCAACGACUUCCUUCGGGCCGUUGUCGAGCAGAAACCGGAGGAUGUCUUCGAGUUUGCCAGGCAGCAUUUCGCCGGAGCCGGUGUUGACAGGGUCGACGCCGUAGUGGUGGCAGGGCCAAGCGGCGUCGGCAAGGGAACCAUCAUCCGGAAGCUGAUGGAAUUAUUCCCACAACAGUUCGGUUUUGGGUGCAGCCACACGACCCGCGGACGGCGCGAGGGGGAACAAGAAGGGGUACACUACCACUUUACCUCGCUCGACGCCAUGAGAGAGGCCGUGGCGAGAGGAGAGUUCAUCGAGCAUGCGGAGGUGCACGGUAACCUUUACGGCACGAGCGUGGCUGCCGUAGGUGACGUUACGAAGAAGGGUCAGGUGUGCUUGUUGGACAUUGACAUUCAGGGGGUCAAGACCGUCAAGGCCUCUCCGCUGAGGCCCAAGUACGUCUUCAUCGCACCGCCUAGCAUGGAGGUGCUAGAGAAUCGUCUGCGAGAUAGGGGAACGGAGAGCGAGGAAUCCCUGUCGACGCGGUUACACAACGCCCGGGAGGAAGUCGACUACGGCACAACACAGGGUAACUUUGACCUGGUAGUGGAGAACGACGACCUCGACCAGGCCGUCAGAAACCUCAGCAGCCGCCUAACAGAGUGGUUCCCCAAGAUAAAAAGAGCGGCCGGGGAGUCGCUUGUGUAGUCUGUCUGUUGCACGGGAUGGCGCGAUAAAGAGAGUAAAAAAGUUACAGGGCGUGUACCGAAAAACACCUAGAGAUAGAUGUGGAAGUAUCAUACGGCCGAGGGGCCUGAAGAAUGAGCUGCCUGUUCGCGGGUAACUAACCCACUGGGUGGAAGCAAGGAAGUGCAGGGGGCGGCGCGGACGAGAGACUUGGGGGGGGGGGAGGAGGAGGCAGGAGGAACUUGGACGUUCACCGGAUGGGUUUGACUGUCGGCCGAAGGGGUGGAAUUGCACCCUCCAAGUGGCCCGGGGGGGAGGGGGCUGCGAGGACGGUACAACACAGAAAAGGGUGACGACAGCACCGCCAUAAGGGAGGCGGGGGGCACAGCGGAAAAAUUCGCUCCUCCCAUGAAAGUCGGAUGUUUUUCCUUUCUUUUGGACUCGAGAUGCACCAUGUUUCCGAGGCAGCGGAUAGCAUCGAUCAAUCUCGCAAAGGAUGGAUAAUAGGCAUGGGUCGUCUGCUAGAAAAAAAGAAAAAAAACAUGCCGGAGACGAGGGGCGGCGGGAGUAGAGCGAGCUUGUCCGGACGGGUGAUGGAAUAGAAUGGAAUGGAAUGGAAUGGAAUGGAAUGGAAUGGAAUGGAAUGGAAUGGAAUGGAACGGAAACCGUUCUUACGCUAGACGCUAGACGCGACUGGAUUUAUCCCAUUUCCUGAAGCGGUUACUUUUAUUGCAGUGUUUUUUCAUUCAUCCAUGAGAGUGAGAUAUCUGUGAGGAUGAAGGCCAGAGCGAAGAAGGCUAGCUGCAGAGAGGCAUGCAUGUGGAGAGGACAUGCUCAGCGGUCUUGCUUUCAUGCUUCGUCUUGUUUAUGCGCCGGAUUGGUGAACAUCGACUGUUGGCUUGCGUCUGUCUCCGUGUUGACGCAGAAGAAUCGCCGUGUCCUGUUUGUGAUAGAGCCACUUCAAAUCUGUGGGUAAGUUUGAAAUGCUUAACCGUAGACGAAGGCGUUCUGUCGAUUUGUUUGCUUUGUGCCCCGUCGGCAUGUUCGCCGAGCUUCCGGUGCGCGGUGAUCGGGCUUCUUGUUUUCUUUUUAUACCCGAUCAAGCAAGCGCAAAACAAUACCGGGCAAGCGGUGUGAAGUCGAUGUGAAUUCUACUGGGUGGGGCGUGAAGAGGCAGCGUUGUGUGGUCGAUUCGUCUGGUCGAGGAGGACGAUGCGUGCUCGUUGUGUGAUGUACUUUUAUCAAAUGUC